CCCAGAGUCACAGACCUUGACAGAAAACAGCCAUGAUGUCGUUUCUCAAUGUUUUCACAUGUAAAUACUCAAUACCCUCCAAAAACAAUGCCAAAGAAACUGCUAAAAAGUACCUGAUUUGAUAUAUAUAUAUAUAUAUAUAUAUGAGCAUGUCUGCUUUCUUAUCACCAUGACUCAAACAUUUUCUCUUUUCUCUGUAUCUUCUUCUUCAAGAAAGAACUCUUUCCCAACUUGUUCAUAAUUUCUUGGGAGAGAUUGAGAGCAAAGCAGGAAGAAGAAACUAAGAUCAUCAUCCAUCUCCAUGGCUGAUUCAUUUGAUGAAGAGUGUGAUUAUCUGUUUAAAGCUGUUCUUACUGGAGAUUCUGGGGUUGGAAAAUCAAACCUUCUCUCAAGAUUUGCAAAAGAUGAAUUCAGGUUAGAUUCAAAGCCCACCAUAGGUGUGGAGUUUGCUUACAGGAAUAUAAAGGUUGGAGACAAGCUGAUCAAGGCUCAGAUAUGGGAUACUGCUGGCCAAGAAAGGUUUAGAGCCAUUACCAGUUCAUACUACCGAGGAGCACUGGGUGCGAUGUUAGUCUACGACAUAACAAGGCGAGGAACAUUCGAAAAUGUGAAGAAAUGGUUGCAGGAGCUAAGACAAUUUGGGAGUGGAGACAUGGUGAUUGUUCUUGUUGGGAACAAAACUGAUCUUGGUCACUCUAGAGAGGUGGGUGAGGAAGAAGGAAACAGUCUUGCCGAGGCAGAAGGUUUGUGUUUCAUGGAAACAUCUGCAUUGGAGAAGGUGAAUGUGGAGGAAGCAUUCAUGCAUAUGAUUACCAAAAUCCAUGAAAUCACAAGCCAGAAAAGCUUGGAAGCCAAAACAAAUGGAACAGCCCCAAGCACUACUAGUCUUUGUAGUGGAGAAAAGAUAAUCACCAUUGAUCAUGAAGUUUCAGCCACCAAGCAAUCAACUACUUGUUGCCUAAAGUAGAUUGGCGCUCAUGAUUACAAAGAUUUGGAGUUUUUGUGAUCUCUAGUUGCUAUUGUUAUUUGUUUUUUUCUUUUUCUUUUUGGUUAUGAGCAAAGCAUAGUAGCACAUUAGAUGGACUGAAUUCGAGAGAGAAUGUAAUUAAUGACUGAGAGAAGCUUAAUUCAUUGACAAAAGAAAGAGGGAUUAUUGGUUUGUUUUUUCAA